GGCUACAACCUUAAUGAUUAUUUCCGUAAUUUUAUUUGUAGCUCACUGUGGGGCUUUUUGGUUUUUGUCACUGCUUUAUUUUCGUAUUCUAUAACAAACACUGAUAUUUUAAUCCUGACUCUGACUUUUUCUGGUGAGUUGUUAGGAAGAAUUCAGCCCGUUAUGAUUUCAUCGUUAGGUACGCUUCAUUAUUAUGACUCAGCAACUCCAGAUAAAAACCAUAACAGUUACGAAUUCACCCCACUACAUCCUAGGGAUAACUCAGGUUUAAAGCUGAUCCAUAAAAGAACCUUCGGACUGAUUGGUUUUAGGUGGAGCUGGGUUUUUCGAGAAGACUGCCGUUGCGCUGUGAUCCAACUAUUCGAUUUUGCAUCACUUGUGCCUAGGUUAUCCAUUCUGGACCUUACCAUCACUGUCAGUUCACUUAAAUUGGGCGCAUCAAGCGUUAGUCUAACUUCUGGCUCUAACCCCAGUCCCUUCUUCAUCUUCUGCUCAACUUCCCUUUCUUUAUAA